UGGGGAAUGAGAACAAUGAAAUGCCCCGGAAAUGACAAGAAGGCAGAGCAUGUUAGUACUCUCGCAGGGCAAGCCGACCAGGUGGUGCAGUUUAUAGUCAAGUGGUGGGUACGCUGAUCUUCUCAAUACCCCACGAAAUCCCUAAAAUCGGGCACCAGAGGAUUGUCUGAAACUCUGCCAACUUUACAAUUAAGGAUAAACUGGAAAACUGAAGAAAAUUACGAGCUUCUGUUGACAAAAAGCUGUAAACGGAAGCAAAAUGAGAGUCAGGAUUGGGCCUACUGCAGUUUACAUUUUAUUUACUCAAUGUUUUGCUGCCUUAGCUGUGAAUUCUGCUGAUGCAACAGGGCAAACGGUUUCUGCCAUUAACAGUUCUUUUCACAAUGAGGGUAAUUCUUCUGGAGAUCUUAAUAAAACUGGCAGUGUUUCUGUAACUGAACCCAAUCGGACAGGAGCACUGUCACCUACAUUGAAACCAAACCCAACAAGUAACAGCACGACUGCCUUAGCCCCUGGGAUUACUGUUGCCACAUCAACUAAAUCAAUGCAGCCUUCUGCGCCUGAUGGUUCUAAAACAAGAAUAACAAUAUUUCAAACAACACCGCCUCACAUUUCAAGCCACUACAUGCCCGAGGCCUCUACGAGUGCAACAUUUGUUUCAACAGCUACAGAGAGUGAAAUUAAUGCAACACAGCAAGUCUCAACAUCAAAAACAACUGUACUGAAGCCAACACAAAUAGAAUUCACUGAAACAAAUAAACAGCCAACCAGUGCUGGUGUCACUCAACCUAAUACAGGUUCACUGUACUCGAUCAUAACAACGAGAACUUCAGGCACAAUCAUGCAUCUGAAAAAACAAGAAAUAAUUCUGACUAUCUGCUUGAGUACCAUUCUUGGAGUUGUGAUACUAACUAUUGUUAUGUAUAAUGUCACCAAAUGCAAACGAAGGAGAGCCCAGUAUUCGCAUCGCCCUCUCUGUGCCACUUCAAAUGAGGAGUCAGGGCGAAGCUACAAUAUUCCAGAUGACACGUUGGUAAUUUCAGGAGGUCUUUACGAUGAAUCACGUGUUUAUAAUCCCAACAUGACUGUCCUUGAAGAAGAUGAUGAGUUUCACGGUGACUAUCCUGCAGUUACUUCCAAGUACAGCCAAUUCAGACUGGAAUUUUUACCGGAAGAAAGGGAGGUCACAGGUCAAGGAUCUUCCUUUAACACAUUUCAACCACAAACAUAGGUUCAUUAUAACCUAUUGUGAAAAUUCUGACUCACUCUUGUUUCAUGUAUAGGUUUCAUUGAUAAUAAAAUGAAUGAAUAAUAGGUAGACUUUCAUACUUUGGCCCUAAGCCUCCAUAAUUGAACUUCCGAACUAAGCAUCUAUUCUGCAUUGUGUGCGCUUCUGUAUUUGUACCCAAGACUCCCAAAAGAUGCCUUGCAAAACUAGAUAACUAUGUGAAUUCUGCUUGUACCACAACCAUGUUCUAAUUUGCAAAUAGAAACAUUAAGCUGUCAAACAGAAAAAACCUUAUUUACCAGGCUUUUGAAGAAAAUCUUAAAAUGCAGAAGUAUUUCUUUCUCAAGCUGUGCACUCAAGUAUGUAAAGCAAUAUAUCUAGGGAAAUCAUUUUCAAAUGAAUAAGAAUCAGAUGUAGAAAGUCUUAAUUUUUAUCAAUUUUGUAUCAAUCUAAUAUAUUUAUUUCCAGCCGGAAAAUCAAACAUUGAAGUGUUUUAAAACUAGUAAUAUCUCAAAUGCACCAAGAUGUGUCCUCAAUUAGUACUUAAAUUUGGUUUUUUUUAGAAAUUCUGAUCACUGAACUGCUGUACUUCAGUGCGUAUGCCCUAAAGCCAGAUAUUAAAAACCUGUCAUUUGGGAGCUUGCAGCAUUUAUCCACAUCAACAUAUUCCCCUCAGCAACUUCGCUGGUUCUCUGGUGGUUUGGUCACGGAAUAUCAAGAAGGAAGAAUAACAAAUUUGCUUGGGCCUGCACACUAUUUGUACACAGAAAACAGUGACAGGGAGCAACAAGUGUCUUAAAGGAGAAAAGUGAAAUGGAGAGGCUGAGGGAUAUAGGGAGGAAGGAAAUUCUAGAGCUAGGAUCCAGGAAAUUGAAAACUAGUAGGAAAAGGGAGCAACAAUUAAAUAAAAACCAAAAGAACUGUGGAUGCUGUAAAUCAGGAACAAAAACAAAGUUGCUGGAAAAGCACAGCAGGUCUGGCAGCAUCUAUGAAGGAAUAAACAGCGUUAACGUUUCAAGUCCGAUGACCUUUCUCAGAACUGGAUGUUUUCCAGCAACUUUGUUUUUGUGCAACAAUUAAAAUUGGUCAUGUCACAAAAACACAGUAAUAGAGAAAUAUUCAUAUCUCAGAAGAUUGUGAACUGAGUGAACAAUAAACAGUCUGCCUUGGAAUAGGAUUGAUCGAUUCUGAUAUAGUAAGCAAAUUCUUCCCCAAAAUGCUUUCCUGCUAAUUGCACUUCUUAUAGAUCUGCUUAAAAUUGGCUUAACAACAGGUACAAUAUGAUGAGUUGCGAUGAUGUAAGAAAAUGACUAGUUCCACAGGGGCCAGGUAACUGGUGCAAUAUUUAUUUUUACAGAAUAAGGGCUAAAUUGUUGAUUGUACUUAAAGAUAUAAUGUUUAAGCAUAUCUCUGGUGUCUGAAACCUGUUGCAAUCUAUUUUAAAGUUGUAUAGAUUUAUUUUUAUAAACAUACCAGGAUGAUAAAUAAUUUUAUAAUGACUUUCACCUAAGUACUUAUUGAAGGUAAAGCUUUUUCACAAUCUAUCUCACAGCAUUUCUGUUUGGUUAAAUUUUUUUGCAUCUCAGUCUGCUAAAUUAACAACAAAUGCUGCAAUAAGAAAAUGUAUAAGCUUUUAUAAGUAUCUGAGUGUUAGCUAUGCAAUGCAUUGGGAGAUGCCUUUGAGAUUGUUCUUAAAAGUUUUGAGGUGUUUUGUUGAUAAAAGUGUUUUAUUGAUAAAGUUCACACAAAGCAUA